UUGUUUGUAAAUUACAUUCGUAAAAAAAUAUUAAUUACUAUAGAAUUACUGUAUGAAACUUGAGAUUUUGACUAAUUUUACGUAAUAUUUAUUUAGAAUGAGUGGCCCUAACGGUAUGUUGUACGGUGGCGAUGAGAUAGGAGCUUUGGUUUUCGAUCCCGGUCAUCACAGUUUGCGCGUUGGUUACGCUCAGGAGGAUACUCCAAAAGCCGAUAUUCCCGCUGUUAUAGGCGUGGGUCCAGCUACACACAUACCGGAGAGUGAAGAAAAAGUCCCAGAUGGAAAUGUUACACAGUCUGCAACAAAAACGGGAGAUCUCCGAUAUUACAUAGAUGUCACAGAGUUACAUGUGCCGCGGCCAGGCAUGGAAGUACAAACAUACAUGAAAGAUGGACAAGUAGACAACUGGGAUCUAUUUGAGAAGAUGCUGGAUUACUGCUACACCAAAGUCAUCAGGUCACCCUCAGAACACCAUCCAGCACUUUUCACAGAAGCUGUGUGGACCACAAGACCUGCCAGAGAGAAGCUGGCCGAACUACUCUUUGAGAAAUAUCAAGCUCCCGCCUUCUUCCUUGUCAAAAAUGCAGUUCUGGCUGCAUUUGCUAAUGGGAAAUCAACAGCACUUGUUAUUGAUGCUGGUGCAAGUCAGACCUCAGCCGUGCCAGUUGUAGAUGGCUAUGCGCUAGUCAGUGCAGCAGUCAGGUCUCCCAUCGGAGGAGACCAUUUGGCAGCCCAGGCCAAACACAUGCUCAACAACAUGCACAUACCCAUGCUGCCUAUCUACAGUAUACAGAGUAAAGAAGUAAUAAGAGAAAGAGAGAGGGCUCGCUACACACUGAAGACAUUACCCGCAGGUCUGACACAGUCAUGGCAGCAGUACAUGUUGAAGAGACAGUAUGAGGACUUCUGUCACUGUGUAGCACAGAUAUCUGAAUCUCCGUUUGACGAGCGCACGGCGGCGUCAGUGCCGGGCGUGCACUACGAGUUCCCCGGCGGCUACCACCAGGACUUCGGCCCCGAGCGCUUCAAACUCACCGAGUGCCUGUUCGAGCAGACGCUGGGCGCGCCGCAUUUAGCGUGCGCGGCGGCGGGCGCGUGCGACGCGGACGCUCGGCCGGCGUUAUGGGCGGGGGUAGUGAUGUGCGGGGGCGGGGCCUGCGCGGGCGGCUGGCCGGAGCGCCUCAACCGCGAGUUAGCGGCGCGCGCGCCCUCCUCACACCGCCUGAAGACCACCGCCGCGCCGUCGCCCAUGGAAAGGAGAUUCGCGGCGUGGAUCGGUGGUUCCAUACUGGCGUCGAUCGGAUCGUUCCAACAGAUGUGGAUCUCGUCGCAGGAGUACGAUGAGGGAGGGAAAGGCCAGCUCGAGAGGAAAUGCCCUUAAUACUUUACAGUAAGAGUAAUUUUAAUAAUGUAAUGUAAUGAAUAAUUUUAAUAAAAUU